AUGGCAAGAGGAAUUGGGCUUGAAGCCCCACUAUCAAAAAUGGCAAACUCAAAUGCCCAUGGAGAGGAAUCACCAUACUUUGCUGGCUGGAAAGCAUAUAAUGAGAACCCUUAUGAUCCCAAGGAAAACCCUACUGGAGUCAUACAAAUGGGCUUAGCUGAGAACCAAGUCUCCUUUGAUUUGCUUGAGAAUUACCUGGAGGAGCACCCAGAGGCUUACAACUGGGGCUCCGGCCCCUCCAGUUUCAGAGAAAAUGCCUUGUUCCAGGACUAUCAUGGUCUCCAAACUUUCAGAAAGGCAAUGGCAAGCUUCAUGGAGAAAAUAAGAUCAGGGCGUGCAAAGUUUGAUCCUGAUCGUAUUGUCCUCACCGCCGGUGCCACCGCCACCAACGAGCUCCUGACCUUUAUUCUAGCUGAUCCUGGUGAUGCCUUGCUUGUUCCCACUCCUUACUAUCCAGGAUUCGACAGAGAUCUUCGAUGGAGAACAGGAGUUUCCAUCAUCCCCAUCCCUUGCCACAGCUCCAAUUCCUUCCAGCUUACUCUCCAAUCUCUCGAAACGGCGUUUGCGAACGCAGAAGCAUUGAACCUUAAAGUCAAAGCCCUGCUGAUAACGAACCCUUCCAACCCCCUCGGGAUUUCCUCGCCUCGCUCUCUCCUCGAAGACAUUCUAAACUUCAUCAACACAAAGAAAAUCCAUUUGAUCUCUGAUGAGAUCUACUCGGGCUCCGUCUUCUCCUCGAACGACUUUGUGAGCGUCGCAGAAAUCGUCGAAGAUCGAAUCCACAUAAAUUCUAAGCAAGUUCACAUAGUUUACAGCCUCUCGAAGGACUUAGGACUCCCUGGCUUCCGAGUGGGAGCUCUAUAUUCUUACAAUGACAAAGUAGUAAAAACAGCAAGAAGAAUGUCAAGCUUUAGCCGUGUCUCUUCCCAAACUCAGAAGAUGUUAUCUUUCAUGCUAUCUGAUGAAGAGUUUACUUUGAAGUAUAUUAAAACUAAUAGAAAAAGAUUGAAAGAGAGGCAUUCACGCAUCGUUGAUGAGCUUAGGAAUUCAGGUAUUGAUUGCUUGAAGGGGAAUGCUGGGCUUUUCUGCUGGGUUAAUCUCGGUGAGUUUCUUGAACAGAAGAGUACAGAAGGCGAGCUGAAGCUUUGGAAGGUGAUAGUGGAUGAAGUGAAGCUUAAUAUAUCUCCGGGGUCUUCUUGCCAUUGUUCGGAGGCAGGUUGGUUUAGGGUUUGCUUUGCGAAUAUGAGCCAGGAAACGUUGGAGGUUGCGUUGAGGAGAUUGAGGGAAUUUGCAGAGAAGAUUAGAGCAACGAAGAAGAUCUCUUGA